AUGCCGCUCAUCGGGAAAACUCGAAAAGUGCGAUUCCCGAACGCGCAAAACUCGGCCAAGAAAAGUACUCGCGCAUCAACCUCAGGACGUCCCAAAACAGACAUGAUUGAGUCCAGCCAAGCACCGCGCCCGGGGAUCCCGGCCUUGUUCACACAGCCGCCGCCCAUCCGUGACCCGCUCAUCACUGAGACAAUCGAUCUGCAGAGCGCGACGUUGGAGAAAUGCCUGCCGUUCCUCAAAGGCAUUCACAGCAGCCAGAAGGAGUUCAAUGACCAUGGCGUGCCUGCCCUCCAGCGUGAUCUUCAUGCAAGUUACCUCUAUGACUCGCUCGAGGAUUAUCCCGAGGGCUUUGUCGCCAUGGACGCAAGCCGCCCGUGGAUCUUGUACUGGGGUUUGGCGGGACUGUCUAUGUGUGAUUGCAACACUCCGGCCGAUGCAGAACCCCACCGGGGGCUUUGGGGCGGCCACGGCCAGACAUCUCAUGUGGCAGGCAGUUAUGCCGCCGUCCUAGCCCUGGCGAUGGUGGGAGGCGAAGAGGCCUUUGCAUUGGUGGAUCGACACGCGAUGAUCCUGUGCGUUGCUGACCCGGGUUUCUGGUUUCCUCGCAGGUGGCAAUGGCUCGGUCGAUUGAAGCAGCCUGAUGGUGGAUUUCGUGUUUGUGAGGGCGGGGAGGAAGAUGUGCGCGGCGCAUACUGCGCUAUGACUCUUAUCUCGCUACUGGACCUGCCGCUGGCGCUGGCCCCUGGAUCCCAAGCGCGGGAAGCGGGAUUGGAAAGUCUGACCAGUGGUCUUCCUGAGUAUCUCUCAAGAUGCCAGACAUUUGAAGGAGGUAUCUCCGGAAGUCCUGGAUCGGAAGCCCAUGGGGCAUACGCCUUUUGUGCACUGGCAUGCCUGUCUAUCUUGGGAGCUCCCGAGGAGAUCUUCAGCAGGUACGAGAAUACUACAGAUCAGAAAGCCCUCUUUGGUGCUCGUAUACUAAUGGUAUAUGGCAGACACAUGGACAUUCCCAUGUUAGUGUCAUGGUUAUCUGCUCGCCAAUCGGCUCCAGAAGGUGGUCUCUCCGGACGGACAAAUAAACUGGUGGAUGGAUGCUACAGUCAUUGGGUCGGUGGAUGUUGGCCAUUGCUCGAGUCCUCUCUGGAUGGAAAACCGGGUAGUACCGAGCCACCAGCCAACAGUCUUUUCAGCCGCGAAGGUCUCACCAGAUACAUUCUUGGAUGCUGUCAAGGUAUCAAUGGUGGUCUCCGUGACAAACCGGGAAAACACGUUGACUCAUACCACACAUGCUAUGUUCUGGCCGGAUUGAGUGCGACUCAGAACCAUCAUUACCGCACAGACUCCAGUCUUUCAAGCGAGAGUUUCUCGUCGUCAUUUUCCUGGAAGUCUUCACCGAGCCGCGUGCCAGAAAACGUCUUCUCAAGGGGUGAUCGCCUGGAACCUAUGCACCCUUUGUACAUGAUCCCACACAAGGCAGCGGAGAAUAUGCGGCUCUGGUCCGAGGCCCACCCCCUCACUCACUAG